AUGCAACGAUCUACCGCGCUUCUUCAUUCAAGAUCACAAGCGGAGAAGGAAGCCGGGCACCUCAGCUUGAAAUUAGAACGACUAGGCGAAGAGCUAGACAGGCUUGAUCGCGUUCAGGAGUCCCGUGAGGCGUACGCGGAAUGUAUUCGGGUAUCACUAAAUGACGACCUAUGCGAAGCGAUCGCUGAAGCCUCGUCCAACUUCCCUGUUGUGCAUGUGUUUGGAACGGAUCCUUCUGUCAGUGAUUUGGGGCGAGUUCUCCGAUUGUAUCAUCGCUCGUACAUGAAAAACGGUCUACGCAAAUCUGACGAGCUCGCUUUCUUCGACAACGUCGAAUACACAGCUGUUGUGCGCGGGGCAUUGCUCGAAUGGCAGCUAGGAACUUACGAACAAACCUUAUCGAAACACCGCAGUUGGGAUGCUACUCUCAAUUCGUCGGUUCAAGCUAUCGUGGACCGCCUUGUCAACAUGUAUACGCCUGAACAGUUUCCGAUGUACCCGAACAUCAUAUCAGAUGCCUACACUUCAGAAGAUUACCAGCAUGGAAGCGAUGUGGACAUCAACCAAACGAAGGAUCGCGAUCUGUCCCGAUUCGGAGAUCAUCUAAAAGCCAUGAUAACCCUUAAGACUCUACUACACCAAGGUGACCUGUCGCUCCAAAAGCUUCGCAACUGCUUCAGUAUCUGGGAGUCUAUACUUGACACUACAGCAUCUUGGGUUGAGGUGGAAGGUCAAGUUGAUAAUACUGACAACUGGCUGGCCGCGAUCCAAGCAAGUGUGGACUUCCUCUGCGCUAAGGGCGAAGAAUACGAAGCACUUCCAGUGCUUCAUCUGCUUGUUCGAAUUCUAGAGCUCCAGACAGCCUCAGACCGAUCGGAACUAAUCCUAGCCUUGAGCACCCUGGGCUUACAAUCCUUGCGACUAGGCUAUUCUGGCAAAGCAGGGCUGGCUUUUGCAAAAGCUGAAGUGCUGUUGAACCAGACCGCCUCGGUCGAGGCGAAGUUGCGAUGGCACAUAGGCUACGCUGAGUAUCUCUUGAGCAUCGGUAAUGCCUCGAAAUGUGAAAGUACACUGUCCGCCGCAGAGACACUUGCUCGGAACAAUAGCACUUUUACCGACCUGUCGAAGUCCUCCACAAGCCUUUCUGGGCGUAUGAAGUUCAACAAAGUUAUAGCAGAAGCUUGCUAUGUCUCAUCCCUUCUCUGUUCCAGUAGAGGAGACUACAAGAACGCGGCAAGACAUGCUCGACAGGCUGUCGUGCUCAAUCGACGUAUCUGGGCUGCGCGAGAGGGCAAUGCCAAUACUCGCAAAGCUGUUGCGGCGAACAGUUACAAGUUGACAGAAGCCCCCAUCAGCGCGCAUUCUGAUUUAUCAAGUUCCAUGCGCCACGAGAAAGGCGCAUCUCUCACCAGCUCUAUCACUCACGAGGCGCUCAAAGGACCGGAGUUCUGGUCGCUCGUUCCGUCUCUAUAUAGAGCCUUGACACAACAUUCGAUUGUCAUAGCGAGCCAAGGGAUGCUUGAAGAGGCUGUUUACGUACUUCAGCAAGCAGAAAAGGUGGUUUCUGCUAUCGGUUCCCGGACAAUGCUUGUAGACCACGCCAGCCGUCUUGCAGAUCUAUGGAUUCAGAGUGGCCGACCCGAUAAAGCACAGCCCCUGUUUGAUGGUCUAGAUGUGUCUCAGUCGGUCAAGCAUUUGAGCACUAUUUCCUAUCAUCUGUCGCUCGCGAGAAUGCAUCACGUAAGCCAGAGAUUCGAUGAUGAGAUUGCUCAAUACGAUGUGUUGGAAAAGCUGCUACACCACUUAUCAUCACCUUCAUACGUAAGAUCGACGGUAAGAUUUACGCCCAAUCUGGAUGUUGUGACCGACAACGUAUCUGCGCUCACUCUGGAAGAAUCAAAGCCUGCAGAUGUUCAACAGACGCGAAGAGUAAGGGCGCGAACCACAGCUGUCAAGGCCGUCCCCAAUACUGUUACGAGGAUGACAACCCGCACGACUCGCAAAGCACCUCUCACGAGCGAACCCACAGCCGUUCCGAGAGUCUCGAAGAAAGCCACUACUUCGCCUGCCUACGAGAAACAGAGCGCCAGUGAGCACUGCACAUCACUGGAUGCACUACAAGCCGACGUCUUGUACAGACGAGUCGCUACGUAUCUCUUGCAGAGUGACGUUGUGAAAGCUAUGGAUGUUCUGAGUAAGGCCGAGAAGUCAGAACGUGACCGAGAAGGGUCUCAUGCUUGGGUGCGCUUCAAGGCAAUGUUAGCACAGGCGAUCAGAAGUAUAUCUAAUGAUUUCACCUUCAACACUUUACCCGAGUCUACGAUCGCAUUUCCCUCUAUACCGCCAAAAGAACGUCAGUCGUCUGACGGAGUUGCCGCCAAGCGCCCAGCUGUCAAGGCUGUCACGAAAUUGUCGCGUGGUAAGAAACAAGCUGGAGACGAUUUUGUUAAACUGGUCGAGGACGCUCGCGAAAGGCUGGUUGAGGCACAUGCUCAGCACGCCACUGUUGCCAGCAAUCAUGUCUUCCGGCAGCUGUGUGCAGCUCUAAGCCAUGCUACGGUUCUACUCUCCGCUGUCUCUCAAGGUCGCAUACGUGGGUCUAUUCACCCAUUGUAUUCUGCAUAUAUGAGCGAAAUCCCAAAGCAUCAUGCUUUAGCAUCCGCUCAAGGCUCUGUUGAGGUCGACCAAGAGACGAUGUCGCGAGAAGUGUGUUUGCAGUGGCCGAAAUUCAUUGAGAAUGAGCCACCUACAGCAUCACCAGCCGAGUUCCAACAUGAUUACAUCGACAUCAUCCCCGAAACAUGGACCGCUGUAUCUUUAGCACUGAGUGAGGAACAAGACGAGUUGUACAUCACUCGUUACCAAAGAAACACAUCGCCAUUUGUGUUGCGCUUACCGCUGUCUCGUCAUUCUUCCCGCGACUUGGACGAGGAGGAAUUUACUUUCGCAGACGGCAGGCGGGAGCUCGAAGAAAUCAUUGAGCUUAGCGAUUUCACCACGCGAAAUGCGAAGGACUUAACUUCAAGAGAGGGCAGGAAACAAUGGUGGGAUGAUCGCCAGGCACUCGAUACUAAACUCCGAGAGUUGCUGCUUAAUAUUGAGAAGAUUUGGCUGGGUGGCUUCAAGGGCAUCUUUUCGGACCACACCCAUCAACCGGCUCUCCUGGCGCGCUUUCGCAAGUCUUUCGACAAUGUCCUAGCUCGCCACUUACCUUCGCGGCAGAAGAAGAGCCAGCAAAAGAGACCGAACCUUGAUCCAAGAGUAUUGGACUUGUUCAUCGGCCUGGGUGAUGCCUCGGAUCCGGAGCUCGACUUUGACGAAGCACUCACAGACCUCAUCUACUUCGUCGUCGACAUUCUCCAUUUCAACGGCGAGCCGAACGCUUACGAUGAGAUCGAUUUUGACUCAAUGGUCAUCGAGACGUACGAAGCGUUGCGCGCUUACCAUGAUAGUGCACAAAAGGCGUCUCCAGGAGCCGCCCACACCAUUCUCAUACUUGACAAGAAUCUGCACAUGCUUCCAUGGGAGUCACUCCCACGCCUUGAAAAGCUCUCAAUAUCCAGGCUUCCUUCCCUAGCUGCGUUGCGUGAACGCCUCCUUGCAGCCAGGUCGCCGAGUGUGACUCAGAAUGCACCUGCGGGCCACUACAUCUCUACCAAGGCAGGAGGUACGAGCAUGCUAAAUCCUUCGGGAGACUUGGGCCACACAUGCAAAACGAUCAAACCUUGUCUGGAUGAUAUGCAAGGUACAUGGACACACAUCACCAACCGUCCGCCCUUGGAGCAGGAAUUUGAAGACUGUCUGAAGAAUGACGAGCUCGUGCUAUUCUUUGGACACGGCAGCGGAGCACAGUACAUACGCUCACAGGCCGUGCGACGACUAUAUCUGAAUGGCAAAGCGCAAUCAGAAGGCGACAAGGAGAAGCCCGGCUGUGCAACCACGUUCCUGUUCGGAUGCUCGAGUGUGCACCUCUCCGACAAUGGGAUAUACGAGCCCUCGGGCAUGCUGUCGAGCUACCUCACUGCGGGAGCGCCGGCCGUGCUAGGCAUGCUGUGGGAUGUCACUGAUAAGGAUUGCGAUCGACUUGCUGUCAGGGCUGGCGAGCUGUGGGGUCUUUGGCCGGAGCCGGAGCCUGAGAACGAAGCCAGCAUUGAGCCGCCGCCUACGAUUAAGAAAAGAAAGGGGAAAGGGAGGGUUGCGCAGCUUGUAGAAGAGGUGGAUGCUCCGAUGGCAGCGAGCAAGUCCCGGAAGGGUAGUGCCAGUGAGGAUACUAGCGUUAGGGUAGGAAGAAGAAAAAGGGGUAUUGGUUUGGAUGAGGCGGUCAGAGAUGCAAGGCAAGCGUGUGUGUUGAGGUAUUUGAAUGGGGCUGCUGCUGUUGUUUACGGGAUUCCCGUAUAUUUGGAAUAG